CGCAUGGUCACAACACAAGAUGGCGACUCACUGACCGCGGCAAAACGUUUAAUAGCGGCGUCCAUCACGAGGCCAUGAGAGGCGGCUCACUGCACCGCCACCGAGAUGAGCUUGGAUCGUCCAUGCGCACACUGCAGAGAAGGACGUGUGCGCCCCUUUCAAUUUUCUCUGGAAGAAGCAGUGUUGCGGUGUGACAAUGUGGAAUGUGACUCCCUAUUAUUGUCAUCACCAUGGGAUUGUGUAAUUACUCGGAAUAUAAGGGUGCAGAACGCACAUCGAUCAUCAUAUUUGGGACGUCGGCAGUUUUGGGGGGGGAGUACUAGUACAGGUAGUUCUACCAGUGGUGUGCUAUCAGAUAUUAAAAGCCCAAUACUAAGUCCUGCCCAGUCACUGGUAUCUGUCACAGAUAAAGAAGUGGAACUGCUCCUACAAAAGUCUUAUGCACCUCCAAAACCCAGUAGGAAAAAUAAGAAAUCUUCAAGGAAAUAUCCUCCUGCUGCCGAUCAAACUGAAGUUCCUUCACAAUCUCAGCCUCCAGAGGUGAAGACUGAUUCAAGCUGUGACGGUUUCUUUGAGUUGCUUAAUAGUCUUGAUUUGGACUUGCCAACACACCCUGCCAAAAAGGAAUCAGCAACUGGCACAUCAUGUGAUGAUACUGGACUAGAAGUUGUAAAUGCAGAACUUGAAUCCUGGAUGAAAGGAUUUGAUGUAAAGGAUAACACACUCACAGACAGUGUAGAAGACCUUUCCAGUACAGAACCUAACUUGUGUAGUGUUUUGCAACAAACUGUGAUUGAUUCAAAUAAUAGAGAACAAGAAAGACAUAUUCCCAGUCAAAGAUCAGCUUUUUCUCAAAUAAUUACAAGUACAGGGAAAAAUGGACUUUGCAAUUAUAAUUAUAAUGAGGAAUUUGCCAGUAAUUUAACAGGUAAUUCUUCAUCAGUAAUUGAAGAAAUUUUAGAUAAUCCACAAAGUUUAGUGGAGAAAGGUCAGAAAAUUGAUAAUAAUAAAGCUAAGUCAUUAGUUUGUGCACCAAAUGAUUGUGCUAAAGAGGAAGUGUCUGCGUUGUGUGAUUCUCAGUUUCUGUCUCCUGCUGCCUCUGCUGCUAGUGAUGACAGUGGUUACAAUGAAGAGGACGCUAACAAAGGUUCAACUAUUACUGUGCCUCAGCUGCAAGAGGAAAGUGCCAAGUUUUCUUCUUGUUCAGGAUCUUCUCUUGGGUCAUUGGGAGAUAUAGAAACAAGCGAAAAUUUUAAAUAUAAUUUAGUUGCAGAAACUUCAUCAUAUGAUAAUUUCAAGAGCCUAAUGGCAUCAGACUUGAAAUUAUCAGCACCUCAAGAUCCCCUUCAAUUUAACAUUCACCCAGCCAUGGUAACAGUUGAAAAAAGUGUAGCUGUUAAUGAACAACAAAGCAUAGGAUCAGAGGCUUUGGACUCUCAAGAAGAAGCUGUAUCAAUACCAGUUAAUGAGCCCACCAACAAUGAAGAACUAGCUUUAACUAUACCAGAAGGGGAGAGAGAAGCUACUAAUGAUCCAGGGGAAAAAGAAGCUACUAAUGAUCCAGGGGAAAAAGAAGCUAAUAAUGAUCCAGGGGAAAAAGAAGCUACUAUUGAACCAGGGGGAAAACAAGCUACUAAUGAUCCAGGGGAAAAAGAAGCUACUAUUGAACCAGGGGAGAGAGAAGCUACUAAUAAUCCAGGGGAGAGAGAAGCUACUAAUGAUCCGGGGGAAAAAGAAGCUACUAUUGAACCAGGGGAGAGAGAAGCUACUAUUGAACCAGGGGAGAGAGAAGCUACUAAUAAUCCAGGGGAGAGAGAAGCUACUAAUAAUCCAGGGGAGAGAGAAGCUACUAAUGAUCCAGGGGAAAAAGAAGCUACUAGUGAUCCAGGGGAGAAAGAAGCUACUAUUGAACCAGGGGAGAGAGAAGCUACUAUUGAACCAGGGGAGAGAGAAGCUACUAAUAAUCCAGGGGAGAGAGAAGCUACUAAUAAUCCAGGGGAGAGAGAAGCUACUAAUGAUCCAGGGGAGAGAGAAGCUACUAAUGAUCCAGACCUUGAAAAGCAAAUUGCAGAACAUAAUCAAGAUCUUUCAAGGUUGUGCAAUGUAGAUGAAGAGGCUCAAAGUAUUUAUUCAGUGUCAAGAGAUGGCGGAACAUUGAUGAUUGAAAGUGGUGCAGAUUCAGUUACAGAUCUGUCCCAAACAUCUGCAAUUCAUGAGCACAGUGAAGCUAUUGUUAGUGAGGCUUCUAGUCAUUAUGGGCCAACAUUACCCUCAGAUAUAACUGAAAACAUAGAAAAUAAAGCAUCAUGUUCAGAUCAGUCUUCUGAUACUUUAUCUCUCUGUUCAGUAGCAAGUUUUAGUGAUGAAAAUGGAAGUAUUAAAUCCAAAGGGAGAGGAAGACGUGGCAGAAAAGGUAAAGCACAUCAAGGAGGUGUUGGAAAUGUUAGCUCGUCUGACUCGAAUCAAGAGACCAGUAGAGAUAAUAUGCCAAGGGUAAGGGGUAGUGGUCAAGGCCAUGGUAGGGGGUCAGGUAGAGGAAGGGGGAGAGGAAGUGUGAAUAACUUAACUGGUUCACAAGAAUCACAGCCCAACAAGAGACCAAGGGUUCCUAUUGAAAUGUCAACCCGCCAAACAAGGCAGCGCACUGGCACCAUUGAAGUCCAGGCACCCACAUCCUCCAAAAGUCGACAAUGCAGCGAGACCACAUCAGAAGACAGUUGUGAUGGUAAGACAGGACGGGGUCUUUCAUCACUCCUACAGGUACCAAGUUGGCAGUUCCUUGAACGGACAAACAGCCAGCAUAACGGAAACCUGACCAACCUGAGCUUUCGCAGCCUGCUGAGUGGUGAGUAACAGCUUUAAGUUAUUUUACUUAUUUUAUAGUUAUGAAUGUGAGUUUACAUGCCCCAUUUUUGAUGUUAGGAAAUUCUAAACACGGAAUUAAUACUUGAAUUUUUAUUACGGAUAACGUACGUAUGAGUGGAAUUGAGUGAGUGAGGAGGAAAAGAUCUGAAAGUGACGUAUAAAGUUUACCUUACUGUAGAUCUUACGCUCAUGGCAUUGUGUGGUUAUGUGAUUUAUGCAAACAUCAGUUCCUCAGUGUUCAGUACAGUA